AAUUUUUCUCCCUCCUCCUACCCCUCAUGCCCCCAAAUCGUAAAGGGACACAACCCCCCUCUAUAUUCUGAAAGGACCUGGUAAAACCCUAAUUCUCAAUUAUGUUGUAUAGAACCGAAAUUGAAGCUGAAUACUCUUUAUAAUUGGAGUUUUUAGUUGAUCGUGUAAAAAGUGGAGAUCAAUUGCUCUUUCUGAUUGGUUGUAUAAUGAGGAGAUAUAGUCCACAAUACUACAGUUCUCCAAGGAGAGGACAUGGAGGGCGAGGAAGAAGCCCACCAAGGAGAGGCCGUGGGGGGCGAGGAAGGAGCCCACCAAGGAGAGGCCGUGGAGGUGGUGGUGGUGGGUAUGGGAGAAGCAAGGACCAAAAUAGUGGAAGCCUCUUGGUUCGGAACAUUCCUCGUGAUUGCAGACCAGAAGAACUUCGAGGGAUAUUUGAGCGAUUUGGAGUUGUAAGAGACGUCUAUAUUCCUAAGGACUAUCACACAGGGGAACCUCAGGUGUUUGGGUUCGUGCAGUUUGUGGAACCAUAUGAUGCUACGGAAGCUCAGCAUCAUAUGAACGGACAAGUUUUUGCUGGGAGGCAGAUGUUUGUGGUGGUAGCAGCAGAGACAAGAAAAAGGCCUGAGGAGAUGCGCCACAGAGCUAGGGUUAGAGGACCAUCUGAUCAUGGAGGACGAUCAUCGUAUUCUCGACGUUCUCAUUCAUUUUCACGGUCCCCUCGCCAUUAUCAUGUUUCCAGGUCUCGGUACCGGUCUAGGUCAUACUCUCCUGCCCCACAACAGCGAGACUACUCUCCUUCCCCAGAGAGAAGGUAUGCAGACCAUCUAAGAUCUCCUAAAGGUCCUCCUCCAGAGCGUGAUGGUGGCCGCAGCUGCAGGCUGUAUUCUCCACAUUAUGGCCAUGGUGAUGAUCUUAAUAAAAACAACAAUGGGUUUGGCAAGAAAUUGGCAUGUGAUUUUGUGGAAGCACGGGCUUGGAGGCCGUCUCCUGGGAGACCAUCAAGUUCACCUUAUGGAUCAAGAACUACGUCGGCUGACUUGUCACCAAGGCAUGCUAGAUAGGGCAAAUGAUAGUGCCAGGGUUAACACGGUUUUCUACAUGCAUCAGCAAAUGGUAGCAGCUCUAUGUUGCCUUGUGUGGAUGAAUAGGAACAUCUGAAAUUUUUCCAAAACCCGCAUGUAUACAUGGUUUGAAUUCUUCCUUAGCGCACUUCUACUGACUUAAUGCGAUGCAACUUUCCAGAUUUUACCUCCAUAUUUCAUGAUAUUAUUUUCUUGAUUUUUGA